AUGAAUUUCAAGAACAGCCCUCAAAUUCCGCAAAAGGGGUCUUCUCUAUACCUAUCUAGGCAAUCAUCCAAUUCCGAUUCGAGGGCCAACCCACAGAAGAAUGUGGAGCCACCUAGCCCUCUAAUGGUUGGAUGCUGCGGAGGCUUCACCAAUGUGAAAACUACGGGCUCCUCUGCCUCCAAAUCACAACAUCUACACCAGCUACAAUGCCAAAAGCUGGAAGUAAAGGUUGCAGAUUUGGAAAGGGAAGUGCAAAAGCAGACAGAACUAGGAGUGCGGUACAGGAAAAGAAUGGAAAAGACGCAAGAAUACUUAAGGUAUUGCCUUCAGAUAGCACAGAAAAAUGGAAUAUUGGACCUCAUUAUCAACUACAAAGCUGAACUUCAACAAUCUCCACUCUCCCUCAGCUCCAUUACCAGCCCUCAAAUUCCUAUUACUCCAUCACAUAAUCACCACCCCAAUUUAGCUGCCAUCAUCGAUCAAGCUAAAUUGAAUGGAUGGUAUAUUGAUCCAACUGAGAUUGAAUUGGAAGAGAAAAUCGGGGAGGGAAGUACAGCAGAUAUUUACAGGGGAACAUGGCGAGGAAUUGAGGUAGCAGUGAAGUGCAUAUCUCGAGAGUUCUUCCGCACAAACCAAAACGGCGUCGUUUACUUCUCUCAGGAGCUCGAAACACUGUCGAGGCAGCGCCACAGGUUUGUGCUUCAGCUGAUGGGCGCGUGUCUUGAUCCUCCCCACCGCGCGUGGGUCGUCACGGAGUAUCUUCAUACCACGCUGAAGGAGUGGCUGCAUGGGCCUGGCAACAGGCGCAGAGAGAGAAUGGUGCCACUUCCACCUUUCAAAUAUAGAUUGAUGCGGGCCUUAGAAAUAGCCCAAGCCAUGCAGUAUUUGCAUGAACAGAAGCCCAAAGUCAUUCAUCGUGACUUGAAGCCCACCAAUAUUUUCCUCGACGAUGCCAUGCACAUUAGGGUCGCUGAUUUUGGUCACGCUCGCUUCUUGGAUGACGAGGAAAUGGCCCUCACCGGAGAAACAGGGACAUACGUGUACAUGGCACCAGAGGUGAUCCGGUGUGAACCUUAUAAUGAAAAAUGUGAUGUGUAUAGUUUUGGUGUCAUAUUGAAUGAAUUAGUAACUGGAAAUUACCCCUACGUUGAGACGGAAUACGGUCCCACCAAGAUUGCCAUGGAAGUUGUGGAGGGUAAGCUGAGACCUCAGCUUCCAUGCGGUGACGUUGGCCAACUGGGAGUGCUAAUUCACCUUAUCUGUCUUUGCUGGGAUACAAAUCCGUCUACUCGACCAUCUUUCGCCAUAAUCACCAGUACUCUCAAAAGUUAUGCCAACAAGAUGCUCCUUUAA